AUGUUACAGCAGGUGGUGGUGAAGCACGCGUCGCGGCUGAAGGAAUUGCAGCUGCAGCGCUGUCACAUGGACGACGUAGCGGCGCAGGCGGUGGCGGAGGGCAUCUCACGCGCCGGGUGCCUGCAGGAGUUGUGGAUUGCCGACAACGACGUGCUUCCCGCCUUUGCUGUGCAGCUUGGUGAGUCGCUGGCGUUCCCUGCGUCGCUUACGGUACUUGACCUCAGCGGGAACCGCAUCGACCCUGCGCAUCACCGUGGUCUUUUUCGCGCUUUCCGCCGCUGCGCCGCCACGCUGCAGGAGGUGUACCUCGCGAGGUGCUGCAUCGCCGAGGACGGCCUCAACGCCGUGCUGAACGCUGGCGUCUACGCCUCGCAUGCCCUUCGCGUGCUGAGUGUGUCGUCCGGCCGCCUGUUCCGCUCCGCCGGUAGGGUGCUCUGCGGCGUCCUCACCGAGUGCCCUAACCUCGAGCGGCUGUACGUGCAGGAGAACUUCAUCGAGGCGGACGGCGCCGUGCGUAUGUCCGUUGGCAUCCCGUACGCGAAGAAGCUAGCGGUACUGGGUAUGGGGCGGUGUCAUAUUGGGGGGCGUGGUGCGAGAGCCGUGGCCGAGGCGGUGAUGCAAAGCUCGUCGAUGUGCGAGCUUGACAUCUCUGGCAACAGCAUACAAGAUGCGGACGUGCAAGAUAUAUGUAGACACUCUAACGUCAGUAGCCUACGGCUAAAGUUUCUCGAUUUGUCCGAUAAUCCCCUGACGGAGCGGUGUUGGUUGGCGCUCAAGGCCUUGCUAGAGGCGCACAAGGAUAAUCCUUGCAUUGUGGUGGUCCGUGGCACUCAACUUGGGGCGAAGUCAUCCUAUUUGGAGUAUAACGAGCCUUCCCCUUCAUGUUGA